GAUAGAUCAGUACUAUAAAUAGUGAAACAAGAAUUGUGAAAUAUUAUCAGCAAUCAAGCAAUCGAACCAUCAACAUGAAAUAUUCUUGCGUUCUCCUACUCCUGGCAAUUGUUGCCUGUGUCCUGGUCAAGGAAUCGAAUGCAGCAACGGGGACAACAGGUACAGCAACAACAACAACUACAACAACGUCUGGAACAACAACGACAACCACAACAUCAGCUACAUCGACCUCCUCAACCACCGCCAGCUCGGGCACAAGUACCACAACUACCACCACGACCUCAAGUCCCACAAGCUCAACGUCCACAUCAUCUAGUGCAAGCUCUAACAUAAAAACCACACGUAAGACGCAUAAAAAGAAGAAGGGCUCCUCAUGCAAAAGCAAAAGCAAAAGCAAAAAGUGGUAG